GGAAAACUCACAACUCACAAAUCCCUCUCUGGCCCCCGCAUCUCAAUUUUCCUUUCUCUACAUUUCAUAAUCUUUUCCAAUUGUCAUCUCCCGUCUGUAUCCUUCAUACAAGGGAGCUCUACACUACCGUGGUGAAUCGACCGAUAUUCCGUGUUAUAGGACGGGCAACUCCUCGGUGUAAGGCCCGAUCUACAUACAGGAAAUUGCCCGCAUGCGAGUUGGACAGCCCCCUCCGACUUCCGCUGUCAUCAUCCAAUCUCUUACAGCACUACGGAGAAUUUUUUAAACAUUUUUUUAAAUCAACUACGACUGCAACCAGACGAUAAGGAAUCUCGAGCACGGCACCAGAUCAGAGCCAGAUAGAGCCCGUUUCCCUGCAUAAAGGGGCCCAGUUUUUCCUUCUCGGGCUUCCGAGCUGCCGCCGACAGCGAAUCACGGAUCAUCCCUCUCCGAACCCACCCAGCUCAGCUCGCACCACUAUGGCGAGCAUUUCACCAACGUCAUCUCCUCAUCUGCAGCCAGGAUCCAGUGAAACUCCAUCGGACUGCAACAAGGCAUUGCGUCCCUCCAUCAAGGACGAGCCUUCACCGCCUGCGGGUGCAUCUUCGGCUCCUGUCGCUCCCAAACGAGCGCCGCUGCCCUCUCACCGAAAACCCGCCGCCCCGCCGCAACCCGCCCCAUUUGUGCGCAUUUCACUGCCUCCCGUCGACAAAAUGUCGAUGACGGCGGUUAUCAGUCCCAACCCGCCAAUGGAGCAGCCUCAGCCCAAGAUGUCGAUGACUUCAAAGGAAUGGGUUAUCCCUCCACGGCCGAAGCCUGGGAGGAAGCCCGCCACUGACACUCCGCCAACCAAGCGCAAGGCGCAGAACCGAGCUGCGCAGAGGGCGUUCCGGGAGAGAAGGGCUGCGCGAGUUGGCGAGCUCGAGGAGAUGUUGGAUGAGAAUAAGAAAACCCAAGAUGCACGUGAGAUGGAACUUAAUGAAAAGAUUCGCACUCUAGAGCUGGAUGUCCAGUCAUUCCGGUCCAGAUGUCUACUCCUGGAGAGCAUGCUAGAGAGAGAGCGCCAAGAGCGCAUGAGAGCUGAGAUGCAGGCAGAGGCGCUUAAUCGCAGAUAUGACCAGGCGACUUUCCGAUCAGAAAGCAUAGGCUCCAUGUACUCUCAGCCAUAUGGUCGGCAGCAACAUCCCCAGCCAAGGCAUAGCCUCUCAGACGACCGAUUGGCCCAGCAGCAUGCCGCAACUCGACACUUCUCCAUCUCUCAAAUCGUCUCACCGCCAGAAACACUGGACGCUCACUCUCCUCAAGAUCUAUCCGAACCUCAUCUUACUUGCGGCAGCUGCUCACCAAAUGGACAUUGCGCUUGUGCUGAGGAAGUUCUCGCAUCAGCAGUCAACGGGUGCGGAAAAUGCGGAUUUGGGACGCCAUGCCAUUGCUUAGAUGAUGCCACAAAACUAUCAGGCCUUGGGUCUGACUUGAAGCGCCCUAUAUCCCCCUCAGGAAAAAUGCCCGAUGAAAAGCGGCAGCGAUCAACGGCUGCUACCAGCAGGGAAACAGACUUUGGUUCCCUAUUCUCAAAGCCAACGUCGCAGCAGCCGCCUCAGCCGAGCUCCAUCAUACAACAGCUUUCUUCCACAGACUCUCUUUCGUUUAGAGACAGCUGCGGGUUCUGUAAAGAUGGUACGUACUGUGUGUGUGCGGACACGGCCAUGAAUGGCCCAGCCGUGGCACCAGUAGAUGCAUCUCCUCCAGUUACGAGACAAACUCGAACACCACCUCCAAUGGAGACGGACGUUGUCACUCCGCUUCCACCACCCAUGGCAAUGGAAAUGACCGCCGAUGGAGCAGUCAAGCUACCGCGCCGAAAGGAAGCUCGCUCCAAGCCACGGCCGGAAACGACCGCUUCCCGUGGUGGCUGCGGGCCUAAUGGCCCGGGCACAUGCGCCCAGUGUCAGGCUGACCCCAAAUCGGGUCUUUUCUGCAGACUGAUGGCUGCCAACUUCAACCGUGAGAAAGGCGCCAGCUCAGAUGGCUGCUGCGGCGGAAAGGGGGCUGGCGGAGGGUGUUGCAAGUCCAAGCCCAGCCAGGAGAAGAUUACACUGCCUAGCCUACCUAGCCUUGGGCUGAGUUGCGCAGAGGCAUACCAGACGCUGUCCAGUCAUCGCAACUUUGAGCAGGCUGCUGAUGAGAUUGGCACUUGGCUGCCGAAACUAAAGGCCCAUCCAACACCAAACGAUACUAGACCGUUGCCGGCGGGCAGAGUACCUAUAGAAGUAGAAGCAGCAAGCAUCAUGAGCGUGCUAAAGGAGUUUGACAUUCGAUUUGGGAGAGAAUGUUGAAUGGGCGCAGCAGCAGAUGCCGCUUCUUACGGAUGGAGUUACACAGCGCCAUGUAUUAUAUCACAUAUAUGUUUUUAUUUUUUGGUAGCAUUGUCCUUUUUGUCUUGUUCUGCAUCACAUGCAAUACUAAUUGCGUAACAACAACUGAAUAAAAGUAAAAACCUGAAUUCCAUCUCAUAUCCUCUUAUGAAUCUGUUUCCUCAAAGUGAUGCCAACGCUUC